CGCGUUCACGCGGUGUAUCCAGAGUGAGCGCGACGCCUCAUCAUCACAGUCCAUUCAACAAACACAGACCGACUCAGAGCUACAACAAUGGCCUCCGGUGUGAAAGUCACAGAUGAAGUUAUCGCAGUCUUCAACGACAUGAAGGUGCGUAAGGCUCAGGCGAACGAGGACGAGAAGAGAAAGAGGAAGAAGGCCAUUCUCUUCUGCUUGAGCAAGGACCUCAAGAACAUUGUUCUGGAUGACGGCAAAGAAAUCCUGCUGGGUGACUUGGGAACCACCGUCCAGGACCCCUACCAGCACUUUGUGAAGAUGCUGCCCCCAGACGACUGCCGCUACGCCCUGUAUGACGCCACCUACGAGACCAAAGAAACAAAGAAGGAGGACCUGGUCUUUAUCUUCUGGGCUCCAGAUAGUGCCCCCCUGAAGAGCAAGAUGAUCUAUGCCAGCUCAAAAGAUGCUAUCAAGAGAAAAUUUGAAGGUAUCAAGCACGAGUGGCAGGUGAAUGGUUUGGAAGACCUCAAAGACCGGCACACCCUCGCGGAAAAGCUCGGCGGCUCGUCAGUAAUCAGCCUGGAAGGAUCCCCUAUAUAAAUAUUGCCCCCCCCUCCCCUCCGGCUUCAAUCAUCGAGGCCUUUCAGACACAUCUGUUGGGUUUAGCUGUUCAUUCCAGUGUGGUUUGGAAAAGGGCAAAAGCAGAACCAGCACCAUUUGUGGGACUCUUGGGGAGGGAUAUUGCGGGUGGGUGUGGGGUCAAGUGACAGUUUUAGAAUAUUAAAAAAAAAAAGACAAAUUCCAGAAAUGCAGACUGUCAUUCCAGUUAACGCAACAUAAAGAUUAUGAACAAAACACACACAAAAGAAAAACGUAAAGAUACAAUGAAUGAAGGAAGGAUGAUGAAGAUAUGAUGAUGAUGAUGAUGAUUAAUACACAUGUGUAAGGACAGGGUUUUGUUCUUUCCGGGUUCCAUUUGAACGAUUGCAGAGAAAGGGACAAACAACCUUUUAGUUUUCCAACCAUUGAAUCCUGAUAAUUGUUCCAACUACAUUUUUUUUGCCAAACUUCUAGUUAAGUUUUGUAAGUGUGUGUAGUUGAGACUAGGUGUAGUACAAACUAAUUCACUCUUGAUUGCACAAAAUGUAUCAAAACCUUCUCUGGGGGAACACGGUUAAAUAUAUAUAUUUUUCUUUUCUGUUUUGUUUUUCGAUUGUUUUUUUUUUUUUCUUUUUGAACAUGCAAAUUCCAAAACUUGAGUGAUUCCUUUUUAUUUCCAGUUAUGGGUCUGAAAACAAUGGCAUUUGAUGUAGUAAACAAACACAUUCCUCGUACUUGUCAAAACCAGGAUCUCCUCGAUUUAAAAACUUUGGUGUUAUGAAGGUCUGAUGGGGAGCGAUGUGUAAAUGAAAGACCGACAGUCAGAGUUUAGCCUGAAUAUUGAAUGGUGGAUGUUUUGUAUCGUCUCCUUAUCUCUAAUAAAAAGCACUAAACUAC